GUUGAAUUUCUAUCGUUGCUCCAGUGAGGUUCGCGCCCAUUUCAAACUGGGACGGGAGCGAGCCUUGAGUUUGAGGCAAUCUUCGACACAAUUUAUUUUUCGAGACUUCACGAUGACGGAAGGCAACUGCUGCAUUUGUUUGGAGUCUCUGUUUAGUGAGAGUGAUGCCUUGGGCGUGACUGUCCCCUGUGGCCAUCCCAUCCAUGAGAACUGCUUUCGAGGCUGGGAAGCAUCCAUUUUUGGCAAGGGGUAUGGUCGAUCCUACGUGAAAUGUCCCUCGUGCAAUGCAGGAUCUGCUAGCUUUAUGAAGGUCUUUAUCAGUCUCCCCGCUUCUCUUAACUUGGAUGAAGACGACGACGAUGAUGACGACAGUAGCGUGGACACAAACAUGGAGGGAGAGGAGGAGGGUAGCGGCGAAGCCGACAAGUUAGCGGGAGAUGACAGCAAAAAACCCGAAGAGGAGGAGAAAUCCGACGAUGACGAGAAGGUUGUGGAUCUCACGGCUUCACCACCACCAAAAGAAAUUAUCGAGAGAAGGCAGAGCAGUUCUUCAGGGGGAGGCUCCGAUGAACAAACUACAGCGUUGAAGAGGCGACUCAAAAAGUACAAACUCCAAUACAAGCAGUGUCACUCCAAUUUCCAAGAGUGCACCAAAAAACAAAAAGAGAUUCUGGAUCGCCACCAGACAAUGAAGAAAGAUCUAGAAAAGGCACAGCAGGAUGUGAAAGAAAUAAAGCAAGCUAGUGCAGAUAGAGAGAUGGAACUCUCCCAUAAAUCGUAUGAAGUGACACGGUUGCGGAGAGAGCGGGACGAUGCCAGACGACAACUCGCGAAAGCUCAGGAGGAAUUCCACCAAAUGAGAGAUGCCUUUGAGAAAGAAAAAAGUCAGUAUGCGCAACGGUUGCAUCAGGCUCAACAACAUCGCUCGGUGGAAACCAAAAAGAUCAUGAAUGACAACAAGGAGCUUCGGGUACAAUUAGAAGAGACCAAACGGAAAUUGGAACACAAAGAAAAGUUCUGCGCCAAAAUUCUGGCCAAAUUGCAGGAGCUAGAGCCCAAGUACAAGGAAGACUUGAUGAGAGUUGCCGAGGAAGCGGAAACGGGCCAGGACUCGCGAAAGAAGAGGAAGAAAACCGUGGAAAUGCUGAGACAAAUGAGCAAGAAACAGGAGGCUUUGAAUGCGCAAAAGGUGCAACGCGACGAGACGCUGCAAGCAGAUCGAAGGAUCCAGAAGGUUGCUUCCGGACGAGCUCGGCAGAUGGUCAAUGCUGCUACGUUGCAGGCUAAUAGGAAGCCCAAAGCGAAACAAUCUGCUCUUGACAGCAUAUUGGGGAGCAAGGCUGCUGCACCAGCCUCGUCCUCGGAUCACAAGAACCGAACAUCUGAAUCGGCUACCGAAGCUCCAGCCUUUCAUUUGUCGACGACAGCCAAGAGGAAACACACCAUCAACCGCCGCACUACAGCAUUUGGACUUCCAAAGAAAGGAGGGAAUGGCGAUAUCCGAUCUAUGUUACGUCAUUCCUCUGUGUAGAUUACGUCAUGCUUUUCUUCAUGCGUACAACAUCCCGGUCAGCUAGGAUUCUGUUUGUACAGUAGACUACCAUUGCCGGGUGAUAGAUCUGUUGAAUAAUAGUCUCUUUAUGUUUGUGGAUU